AUGGCUCAAACUUUACGUGUUACUUUAAUAAAACCAGGAACUAUAGUUCCUAAACAUCACUAUGGACCUUAUUCUUUUUAUUGUGGUUUAUAUGUUGUUACAAAGCUAAAUUCUACAAAGGCUAUUUCUACAGCUUAUAAAAACCGUUUCAAUACUUCAACACGCUAUUCAGGGUAUCAAGCAAUGGGUUGGAAUGACAAAAAUAUCCUUGAAACUUUAAAACAAGAUAUUAAACAUAUUCCCAUUACUGUUAAUGUAGAAAAUUGUAUAAUUUUUAUUUAUGGUAUAGGGACUUCUUCACGCAAAAAAUGGCGUUAUGCAAAAUCAGGUUUUCAAUUAUCCCUUCUUCAUAUAUAUGAAAGAAAGCAUACACAACUUUAUGGUUUUGAUAAUCCAAUUACAAAAAAUCUAAUUCAGCAGCAUCAAACUCAAUGCACUCUUAAUGACUGGAAUGAUGAAUAUAUUUUAAAAAGGUUAUUUGAUUAUCAUGUAAAAAGAAGAACUCUGACAAAUGCUAAUUGGAAAUAUUUUUUUACAAGUUGGGUUAAAACUGAAAAUCCAAUAAUUGAAUUAGAACCUGCUUUGCAUGCUAUAUAUCCAAAAAGAUAUGAAUUUAAUGAACGUGAAUUAAGUGCAUGGCAAACCAUGCUAAAAGCAGUUGGUGCAACAAAUAUAACUCCUUGGUUACCUGAAAAAUCAAAAGUCGAAGUAGACAAGGUAGCAUUUGCUGCUUUAUAUAAAAGUGGUUUUCUUACUAAUAUUCCAAAAAAUAUACCAAACGCAACACAUACAUUUUGGAUGUGUUUUGAACAUACACUUGCUAAUAUCAAAAAAACUCCUGAUGGAAAAAGACGUAUACUUUCUAUAAUUUCCAAUGAGUUUACCUAUGGGAAACUAAAAUAA